AACACCAAACAUCUGCCAUUGCCGCCAUUUUUACUUUUUUUGUGGACUGAAAAUUUCAUUUUAAUAAUUAAUUAAUGGUCGUUGUUUUGAGAUUAUAACAAAUUCCUACGUUGCUUUUUAGUGCUCAACGUAUAACGACACUGCUUUGGUCUAAUCAGCUAUCCAUUGCAAUCCUCUUAAUAAAAUAUAGAUACGAUCACGAUGAAGCGGGACGCGUACGGUGACGACGGCCCCGCCAUGAAGCGGCACCGCCAGCCGGAUGACGAAGUUACCUUCCUCAUACCUAGCAAGGUGGCUGGGUCUAUCAUUGGCAAAGGAGGCACCAACAUAUCAAAACUGAGAAGCCAGUACAAAGCCUCUAUAACAGUCCCAGAUUGCCCCGGCCCCGAACGGGUACUCUCCAUAGCGGCACCGGAAGUGGAGACGAUUUUGGAUAUUGUGAAAGAUAUCCUCCCCAAUUUGGCUGAUGCUGGUGGACCGCAUAAGGGAGGAAACAGCGAUGAAGAUCUCGACGUCCGUCUACUGAUCCACCAGAGUCGAGCUGGUUGCGUGAUUGGCAAAGCAGGCGCCAAGAUAAAGGAAUUGCGAGAGAAAACUGGUGCUCGUCUGAAAAUAUUCUCGAACCCGGCGCCGCAGAGCACGGAGCGCGUGGUGCAGCUGGUCGGCGGGCCCGAGGCCGUCGCCGCCGCCGUGCGCGAGGUGCUCGACUUAGUGAGAGAGGUGCCCAUUAAAGGAGCCAUCCAAAAUUACGACCCCCACAACUACGAUGACUACUACGCGGACGAAUACGGCGGCUUCGGCAACGGGCAGGGCGGGGGCCCACGCGGCGGCCCCGGGCGAGGCCCACCCCGCGGCGGCCCUCCGCCGCGCGGCCCGCCCCCGCCGGGCCCCGGCCGCGGCCCGCCGCCCCCGCGCGCCGGCCCGCCCCUGGGCCGCGGCGGCCCGCCCGGGCCCCGCGGCGGCUUCAAUGACUUCUCCGGCCCUGGCGGACUCGGAGGCCCGGGCCCCAGGGGCAACUUUAACGGCCCGCCUCGCGGCGGCAACUUCGCCGGCGCAAACUUUGGCGGCGGUGGCGGCGGCGGCAACUUUGGCGGUCGCAGUGGCGGCGGUGGCAACUUCGAUGGCGACAGCAACCAACAGGAGACAACCACUCAAGUCACCAUUCCCAAAGACUUGGCGGGCGCGAUAAUCGGCAAGGCGGGGUCGCGCAUCCGCAAGAUCCGCGCGGACUCGGGCGCCGGCAUCGAGAUCGCGGAGCCGCUGCCCGGCUCCAGCGACCGCAUCAUCACCAUCACGGGCACGCCGGCGCGCAUACAGACCGCGCAGUAUCUCUUGCAGCAGAGUGUUCACGAAAGCAACCCGAGUCUGGGCGGUGGCCGAGGUAACUUCUGAUUGCAGUUUUCUUAUUGUCCGUAAGAAGAGCUACUAUUGAAACUUUACUGAUCCACCUCAACACCAAUAAUGUACAAUAUAAGGCCGUGAGGCUCGCGUGACACUUGUCAGUAACGUAUUUACAGAGUGAAUUACAAUAUAAUGAUUAAUGUAAGAGGAAUGCAUUUAUCGUAAUUUAUAUAUAUAAUAAAUUUUACUAAGAUCGUGUCAAUAAUUUGAUGGGAAUUUGUUACAUCGAUUGUAUUUUUAAGUAAAUAGAACUAGAAUUAAUAAAGUUUAUUUUGCAA